CCUUGGUUGAGCCUAGAACUGAAGCAUUGUGACAACAGUAGAGUAAUAUAUAAAAGGUGAAACGGCAAACCAAUGGCGAGCAAGGAAUUGGACGAACAGAAAGAAGAAUCCUGCUGUAUUCAUUUUCCGGAAGAAAUGUUGAUGGAAAGUCUUCUUUUACAAUGCAAAGCUUUUAACAGAUUACAGAAAUAUGAGAAAGCUAUCAACAGUGGGGUUGAAUGCAUUGAGAAAGCUGUAAAGCUAAAAAACGCUUAUGUUGAGAUCGAAGCUGCACUGGAAUUGUGGACAGCAUUCAGAUUACUUCAUAGGGAUGAUAGCGCUGAAAAACGUUUCAAAGAAAAAUGCGUUACAUUCGUCAAACAAUCUGGAAAUCCUGAGUUAAAGCAAGGCGGAUGCCAAAUUUCUGAAGACGACGACGAUGUAAAUGUUGAAAUGAAGGUUCAUUUUACAAUAAUUUUAAAUGCCRUUAAUAAUGGAAGCCAUCUGGAGCAGUCUGCAUGGCACGGCAAAAAAUGCAUUGAGAUUGCACAAGAGAUAGGCAACAAGUCAGUAGAGAUGCAUGCGUAUUUGCUAUUAGCAAAAGCUUGUUAUGAAUYGCAUCUUUACGAACUAGCUAUUAUGAACAGCAAAAAAUGUGUAGAGAAGCAGGAAACCCUGGGGAACCCAGAAAUAGUCAUAGAGGCRUACUUAAUACUUGAAAGUGCCUACUUCAACUUGUCAGAAUAUGAUUCAGCAAUCAAUUUUGGUUCCAAAUGCUUUGAGUUGGCGCAAUCAAUGAAUUGCAGCAUCGCUAUCCAAUCUUGUGUACUAUUAGUUAAAAUGUACUACUUAAUUGAAGCAGAGGAAGAGUUCUUUCAAUGUACUAAGCAAUUGAGCAACGUGGCAAGUAUGAUAGACGACCAAGAAAUCCAGAAAUAUAUAUACUUCAUGGUUGAAAUUAGUUGUUGCUACAUGUUUAAUAAACUUGGUCAGUAUGAAAAAGCCAUUUCACACAACCGAAAAGCUUGUGACCUGGUUGAAGGAACAGAAGCUAUCAACGACCCAGCUUUACUUACAGAAGCGUAUAUGAACAUGUUUAGACUGCAUAUGUUAAUGAACCAAACUGAAGAAGGUGAAUCAUUUUUAGUAAUAGCUGCAAGAAGUUUUGAAGAAAUACUAGAUGGUGAGAAAAGAAAGGAAGCCUUGAAAUAUAUUGCUUUUAUGUUAUCGGCCAUCAAGAUUCAGCUAUUCUUGAAAGGCAAGAAAACAAGCAGAUUUACAGAUUUCUGGCUCUUAUUGCAAUUAUUUGCACCUAAAAAUCAUCCAGCAAAACUUUACUGCAUUCAACCACCACCAGACAUAAUCUGUUUUAAUGUCAUCUAUCCCAGGGAAAAACUGUUUAACUUGCUUUCCUUUUAUCACGCAAAGAAUCUGUCAAUUGAUCUAUUCAAAUCGAUUGUCCAGGCAGGUGUGCCAUUUUUCAUGAAAAUGUACGAGUCUGAAACAAUCGACAUCAUUCAUGCUUUGGUCAACUGUGGAUCAGUGGUCAAAGGAAGAGAAAUUGCACUUAGAUACGCUMAAGUGCUUCAUAAAGACGACUAUCACUUGCUUAUGAAUGCCGUGUUGUGUAACGAACUCGCCUAUCAAAAGGCAAUCAGAGAAUUUCGAAAGCACAAAUCAAUAGAUCAAGACGUAAACGAUUUCUUCAAGGAUUUCUGCGAGUUCAACAAAGGCGAGAUAAAUGGUCAAAUGUUCACUGUAAAAGGGAUGCUUUCUUCCAUGACCAUGAGAAGUGAAUUAGCAGAAGAAAACCUCAAAAACGCAGUGAUGUGCUUUGAAAAUGUCCUGGGGAGCUUUCGCGAGGAGAAGAAUCAAAUAUCUCUACAGGAAGGUUAUAUUCAAGCAUACAAGCUCCUAUCAAAAGUUGAAGUUGAAAUGGGCCACACAAAAAAUGCUCUUUUGACAACGGAUCUCUGUCGAUCAAAGGCACUGAAUUAUCAGCUAACCAAAAGACUGAAAAGUGCAGGCCAUGCCCCAAUAAGCCAAGAGGUUACCUUGGAGCAAAUAGCAUCAUUUGUUGAGGUUGAGGACUGUGCUAUCAUAUUAUACUCUUGGUUUUUCAACAAUUUAUACAUAUUUUGCGUGAGGAAUGUCAAAGGAGACAACGGAGAAGAUAUGAUCCAUGUUGACUGUCAUGUGGAAAGAAUCGAUGAAGAACGCAGGAAAUACUUAGGUUUGCAACCUACAACCACACAAAGUGUCCUGACAAACAUGACCAAUUGUGAGGAAGAACAGCAAUCUGGGGAGCUCGGUAGACACUUUGAAUUUUGCUGUGAAAAAGAAAGAGGCCRGCCCUCAGAAAAUGAUGAUGUCCAAGCUCAGAGUUUCGUUUCAGGUCAGCAAAAUCCUACUGAGGAUUUAACACUUUUAAAAAAGCUUCACAAAGCACUACUUUCUCCUUUCUUUAGCAAAAUAAAUGCAAACAACAUAAUAAUUGUCCCCGAAGGCCAACUGUAUUCAGUCCCUUUUGUAGCUCUUCAAGACCCAACAACGGAAUGCUACCCGUCAGAACACAAAAGAGUUAGAUAUUCUCCUUCUAUAAGCAGCUUGAUUAUUCAUAAGAGGGUGCCUGGCGAAUACUACGCUCGAUCAGGAUCCCUGAUCAUCGGAAAUCCAAGUGUCGAUCAGAUUGAGGGUAUUAACCYCUUACCGGGGUCAGAAAUGGAAGCAAUAGAAAUUACCAAGAUUAUUGGCGGAGUCACACCAAUUAUUGGACCCAGAGCAACCAAAGCAUUUGUUUUGGAAAGGCUUUUUGAAGUGUGCAUCAUUCAUUUCGCAUGUCAUAUCAGCCUCAAUCCUUCUGCCAUUAUUCUUUCACCUCAAGGAUCUCUUAAACCUGGCGAUGACUCUCAUCUUCUCAAACCAGAUGAUGUAAUUCAAAAAGAUGUCCAUGCUCGGCUAGUGGUCUUAAGUGGGUGCGACAGCGGCCGAGGUAAGAUCUGUGCUGAAGGGGUUGUUGGAAUUGCGCGCGCAUUCUUGGCUGCAGGAGCUGCAACGGUGUUGGUGUCCCUGUGGAGGGUUCCUGACCAGAGCACGUGUGAAUUCAUGACGACCUUUUACACGUACCUCUUGGAUUGGAAAGUACGGAGAAGUGCAAGCGAGAGCCUGCAUCUCACAAUCAAUGACAUGAGAAGAAAGUACCCAGACGAACCAAUAAAAUGGAGCGGUUUCUAUCUCAUGGGYGACGAUGUCAUCAUCGACCGUGAGAGCCUCUCUGUUCUUCAAGCAGAAGCAGACUCAACUGCGUCUUGCAGACGUGAACCGUGUGAAACCGACGAAUAAACUGGUUCUAUCGCCAUAUUCAAUAUAACAGACAGCAGAUUUCAAGAAUACAUAUCAUGGACUUUCAAUUGGUAGUCAACUGGAACUCGCGGUCUAAAUUGUAAUAUAUUCGUUUUCAACAUAAAUGCAAGAGUUUAUGUAUAUUUUAGUGCAAAUAAAAAUGUGCAUGAUGGACUA